AUGGUGUGCCCCAAGGGCACGCGCACCAAGGGACUGACGAAAAAGUACGCGCACAACGCGCGCGUCGCGGCGCUGAAGAAGCGCGCGCGCACGGAGGCGCAUCGACGGAAGGCGGCGUUCGUCGAGGCGGCGCUCGAGCGGCUGGCGGCGCGGGACGCCGCGGAGGGACGCGAAGGGGCGCGCGCGAGCGACGCGGGGGGGACGCCGACGGUGGUGGGGGUGAUGCCGGCGCGGGAGACGGCGCGGCGGGCGACGAUCGACGCGGAGGCGUACAGGGAGGCGACGCGCGCGGCGUCGAGCGCGGCGGCGGUGGCGAGCACGAGCGGAGGGUUGAUCGGGAAGUUGGCGUUCGACGGCGCGAGCGACGUCGCGCUGGAGACGAGAGCGAAAGGGGGGGGCGAACGGGAGGGGGAGGGGCGAGAACCGCGAAUCGGGACGGCGGCGCGGAAGAAGAAGAAGAAGAAUAAAAAGUUGAACGCGCGCAAGGCGAGGCGGUGUUGA